AUGAAACGAGCAACUGCAUCAGGUCAAGUAACAUUAUUUAUUAGAACUUUUGGUAGAGAAACAGAUUUUAUAUGUCACGAUCAAAUUGUUGCCACAAAUGGUGGUACUCAUGUUAUUCAAACAUUCCUUUCAGAAGAAAUAUCACGAGAAAUAAAAAUAAAAGACAGAACAACGAGACAAGGUGAUCAUGGAUCUUACAACAUGGUUCUGCUUAAUCGUGAUCUUGAAAAACUUUAUAUAGAAAAAUUUGAUAUUGAAGAUGCUAGAAAGAGUAAAGGAAUUCUUACUCGAAUUUCUGAUGCGCUUAGAAUUACAAAAAAACUAUGA